GCACUUCGCAUUCGGCUUCUAAGUGGUGUUGACUUGUUUGAAGAUCAAUAAACGUCUCGUCAUGUCUGAUGAAGGAAAACUCUUUAUCGGUGGUCUGAAUUUUGACACCAAUGAGGAAAGCUUGGAGCAAGUGUUUAGCAAAUAUGGGCAGAUCUCUGAAGUUGUUGUGGUGAAGGAUCGGGAAACAAAGAGAUCAAGAGGAUUUGGCUUUGUCACAUUUGAGAAUCCUGAUGAUGCCAAGGAUGCUAUGAUGGCAAUGAAUGGGAAGGCUGUAGAUGGCCGUCAAAUCCGCGUUGAUCAGGCUGGCAAGUCUUCUGGUGAUAGAAGAGGUGGUUACAGAGGUGGCUCUUCUGGAGGCAGAGGCUUCUUCCGUGGAGGCAGAGGCCGAGGUGGUGGAGACAGAGGAUAUGGAAGCAGCCGUUUUGAUAACAGAAGUGGAGGUUAUGGCGGUAGCAGUGGAUCCAGGGACUAUUAUAGCAGUGGCAGGAGUCAAGGCAGCUAUGGUGAUCGUGCUGGAGGUUCCUACAGAGAUAGCUACGACAGUUAUGCUACACACGAGUAAAAUCCAUUCCUGACUCAAGAUCGUCCUUCCAAUGGCUGUAUUUAUAAAGAUUUUUGGAGCUUCGCCGAAUCGUUUGUGUAGUAUAUCUACUUGUGUUCACUUUUUUUUUUUUAAUAGACAGUUAGCCUGACAGCUUCUCUAAUUUGUUGGACAGCUGUGUCUCAAAGACUUUAAUCUUUGGACACCUAAUCUCAUUCUUAAAGUUAAUGUGUUCUGCAGGGAUAUUCCUAUCCUACUAUGCUGUUCCAUUCAGGCUGAUCAGGUGGGAUUGCUUGCCUUUCUGGUUAAGUAGUGCUGGGAAGUAACUUCCUAAGCGGAUAGGUGCUGUUAGGAGAGAAACAGAGAACCACCUGUGUUAGUAGCAGACUGCUAGGAGCACCUAUGAUGAUAAUAGCAGACUGUUAGGCUUGUCCUGUAGCAUUUUCUCAAGAACUUUAAGCUGCUGUAUUUUUGGGUUACAUGAAGUUAAUUUUAUGUGAAGUCCACUUAAAAUUUCAAUCCUUUAGUGUAACAAGGCAGGGCAGAGCCUGGGUGCGCUGUAUAUAGUGGCUACACCUCCUUGAUACAUAAAGUGAAUAGUGUUCGUCUCUCUCCAGUAAAAUGUCAGAAGUUCUUAAAAUGUUUGUUUAUAUUGUCAGUUUUUUUUUUUACUAAAACAUGCAACUAUUGUACUGAAGUGGCAAAGGAAUUGUAUUCUACUUUCGAUUGGCUUCACGAAGCCUAUUAAAAAACCAAUGUGAAAA